AGGCCUUACUGUUUUCAGACGCUCGUUUGGUUCCCUCUCCUCCUUCUUCUUUGCUCACUGUAUCUCUCCGUUGAUCUCUCUGCAGAGUUUCUUUCUCUAUAUUAUCUCUCUUUGGAAUCUUCCUCGAUUUUUUCUGGCCUUGGUUCGAAUUGAAUCGGUAUUUAUUCCAAAUGGCUACGUAUAAACCCAAGAACAUCCUCGUUACAGGGGCUGCAGGAUUCAUAGCGUCUCAUGUUGCAAACAGACUAGUACGCAGCUACCCAGAUUACAAAAUUGUUGUGCUAGACAAGCUUGAUUACUGUUCGAGUCUGAAGAACCUUAAUCCCUCGAAAUCUUCUCCCAACUUUAAGUUUGUCGAGGGAGACAUCGCUAGUGCUGAUCUCGUCAACUACCUUCUCAUCACCGAAAACAUUGACACCAUCAUGCACUUUGCUGCUCAAACCCAUGUUGACAACUCUUUUGGCAACAGCUUUGAGUUUACCAAGAACAAUAUUUAUGGUACCCAUGUCCUUCUGGAAGCCUGCAAAGUAACUGGUCAGAUCAGGAGGUUCAUCCAUGUGAGCACAGAUGAGGUAUAUGGAGAGACUGAUGAGGAUGCUGCAGUGGGAAACCACGAGGCGUCUCAGCUCCUUCCUACAAACCCAUACUCUGCUACCAAGGCUGGGGCUGAGAUGCUUGUCAUGGCUUAUGGUCGAUCAUAUGGGUUGCCAGUUAUAACAACUCGUGGAAACAAUGUUUAUGGUCCUAAUCAGUUUCCUGAGAAGUUGAUUCCUAAGUUCAUCCUGUUGGCCAUGAAUGGGAAGCCUCUCCCGAUCCAUGGGGACGGAUCCAAUGUGAGGAGUUACCUGUAUUGUGAAGAUGUAGCUGAGGCCUUCGAGGUGGUUCUUCACAAAGGGGAAGUGGGUCACGUCUACAAUGUCGGGACAAAGAAAGAGAGGAGAGUGAUUGAUGUGGCUAAAGACAUAUGCAAACUGAUCGGAACAGACCCUGACUCCUGCAUCCAGUUCGUGGAGAAUCGGCCUUUUAACGAUCAGAGGUACUUCCUUGAUGAUCAGAAGCUGAAAAACUUAGGAUGGUCUGAGCGAACGGCAUGGGAAGACGGUCUGAAGAAGACAAUGGAAUGGUACACUCAAAACCCUGACUGGUGGGGUGACGUCUCUGGUGCUUUACUUCCCCAUCCAAGAAUGCUUAUGAUGCCUGGAGGAAGACACUUGGACUGUUCCGACGAGAACAAGGACACAUCUGCUGUUGCAGAAAACCCUAAUCAGACAGCACAUAUGGUCGUUCCACCCGUGAAAUCCGGUGAUAAACCGUCCUUGAAGUUCCUGAUCUAUGGCAAGACCGGAUGGAUAGGCGGUCUUCUGGGGAAACUGUGCGAGAAGCAAGGGAUUCCAUUCGAAUACGGAAAAGGACGGCUAGAGGACAGAGCAUCACUUAUAGCCGAUAUCCGCAGCAUCAAACCUAGUCAUGUCUUCAAUGCAGCGGGUCUAACAGGCAGACCGAAUGUAGACUGGUGUGAAUCUCACAAAACUGAAACCAUCCGUGUGAACGUCGCCGGCACAUUGACUCUGGCCGAUGUUUGCAGAGAGAACGAUCUCCUGAUGAUGAACUUCGCCACCGGAUGUAUAUUCGAGUACGACUCUGCGCAUCCAGAGGGUUCGGGCAUCGGCUUCAAGGAAAAAGACAAACCUAAUUUCACCGGUUCUUUCUACUCCAAAACCAAAGCGAUGGUCGAGGAGCUAUUGAGAGAGUACGAAAAUGUGUGCACGUUGAGAGUGCGAAUGCCGAUCUCCUCGGAUUUAAACAACCCUCGUAACUUCAUCACCAAGAUCUCGCGCUACGACAAGGUAGUGAACAUCCCGAACAGUAUGACCAUACUGGACGAACUCCUACCGAUCUCGAUCGAGAUGGCGAAGAGAAACCUGAAGGGGGUGUGGAAUUUCACCAACCCCGGGGUCGUGAGCCACAACGAGAUCCUGGAGAUGUACAAGAAAUACAUCGAGCCGGGAUUCGAGUGGUCCAACUUCACAUUGGAAGAGCAGGCGAAAGUCAUAGUCGCCCCGAGGAGCAACAACGAGAUGGAUGCAUCCAAGCUCAAGGAGGAGUUCCCGGAGAUGUUACCCAUCAAAGAAUCACUUGUCAGAUAUGUCUUCGAACCCAACAAGAGGACCUGAACUUAUUACCUCUGUUAGGUAGUUUUCCCUUCCCUUGCGAACUCCGUUUUCGAUAUUGGUUUCAUCAUUAUUCUUGAAACUUUCUCGGAUCCUAAGACUUUAGUUUGUGUUCGAGCUCGACAGGAUGAUACACAUCUUUUGGUCUCAAUACUAUCAUAUAUAUGAAUGAAUUUUACUUCUUUA